AUGAAGGCUUAAAACCUAUUAGAUGUUUUAGCUAUUGGUGUUUCUAUUUAUGCACUUUAUUAAAUUUAUUAGGAGAAAGUCAAAAAGUUAAACAACAAUCAAAGUUUCUAAACACUCAAAUAUAUUCUCGUUGGUCCACCAGGAGUUGGAAAAACAAAGUUAUUUAAAAAAAUUGUUAAUACUUUGAAAAACUCAAAUUAGCUAGAAUAAGGGAUUUAAGAAUGUUUAAUAAGGAAGGAUAUUGAUUUAGUGUAUACACCUGCAUUAGAUUUUGAAAACAUUGAAUAAAGGGAAAUCAACAUUACAAUAUUUUAGCAAUACAUGCAGAAAAACCAUAUUGCACAUUUUUUCUUUUUAGUCAACUUUGAAAGAACAGAUCUAAUGAGGAAAAAACUAUUGGAACUUUAUAAGUAUUUUAAAAAAUUCAAAGAGAAGAUCACUAUAGUAAUAACUGACUUUUAGUUAAGCGACAAUGAGGAAUAAGACAAAUAAAAUUUGAAAUAAGCUUUUUCAAUUUAUCUGAAUAGCAAUAAAUCAAUUAUGUUCGUGAAAAAUGAUUUUGAUGUGGAGGAAUUUAGAAAUUAAUUGUUAGCAGAAGCACAAGCAUUCAGUUUGAGAGAUACAAUUUUUGAGCCCAUAAAUGAAGAUGAAUAAAAAUAAUUGUUAAUCUAGUUUCAAAAUAAGUUUAUAGAAGGUUAAAAGAUGAUCUAAGAUAGUCAUUUCAUUCAUAUGGAUGAUUCAUUAAACAUUGUUGAGAAUUAACCAUGA